CGUAAUUAAUACUGUUCUAAAAGAUUAAGGCCGGGCUUAUAAAAGGCGGCGAUGACGACCGCUUUGCGUUCAUUCACGUUGCACAGCCCAUAAAAGUCAACAUAGCCUUCGAGUAGCAAUUUCAUCACAGAACCGACCCGAAGCAUGGCCGAUAAGAUAUCUGUGUUCGACCCCUACGGCUACCUCGGCCUGCUCCGAAAUCCGGACGGCUCUGUCUCACGCGUCCACGAGUUUCCUUUCACGCCGGCAGCCACAGAUCUCCUCCACCCAUCUCUGGUGCUCACCAAGGACGUUCCGAUCAACCAAUCCACCAACACUUGGGCCCGGAUUUACCUGCCCCGCCAAGCACUCGACAACUCCCCGCCCGCCAAGCUACCCCUUCUCGUCUACUACCAUGGAGGCGGCUUCGUCGUAUGCACCGCCGGCUCAACCAUCGUCCACGAUUUCGUUGCCGUCGUGGCCGCUGAAACCAAUUCCGUCAUCGUCUCCGUGGAAUACCGUCGCGCUCCGGAGCACCGUCUCCCGGCAGCCUAUGACGAUUGCUUCGAAGCGUUGCACUGGAUCAAAACCUCCCCGGACGAGUGGUUGACCCGAUUUGCUGAUUUCUCAAACUGCUUUCUGAUGGGCACCAGCGCCGGCGGUAACAUCACCUACUUCAUGGGGCUACGCGCAGCAGCAGCCGUUGCCGAUCUGGAGCCUCUGAGAAUCAGAGGGCUGAUAUUUCACCACGCGUUCUACGGCGGGACGAAGAGAACUGCGUCGGAGAUGAGAUUGUCUGGUGACAAGAUCGUGCCGCUGAGCCUGAACGCAACCGAUCUGAUGUGGGAGCUGGCUCUGCCGGCGGGGGCCGACCGUGAUCACCAGUAUUCCAAUCCGAUGGCCGGUGGAGAUUGGGAGAUCAUAGAUGAAAUCAGGAAGCUGGGGUGGAAGGUUUUGACGACGGGCUACGAGGGGGACCCGUUGAUCGACAGGCAGAUUGAGCAGGCGAACGUGCUGGAGGAGAAGGGCGUGAAGGUGGUGCGUUGGUUUUGCGAGGGAGGCUAUCAUGGCUUGGAAGCGGUUGAGCCGUCGAAAGCAAAGCCGUUAUGCGAGGUUCUAAAAGAUUUCAUCUCAUCAUCUUCUUCGUUUGCUUGCUAGGGUUUGGUUCAAUUAGAUUUUUCUUCGUCUUCUUCUUAAUUGUUGGAUGGACGCCAACGCACACACAGUACUGGUGUGGCUGGAAAUCGCCCGUGUGAAAUUAAUAAUUGGCUGUACCUUUUCACCACCAAACGCCGGCUUCUACGUUCGUUCCCCUGCAUUUUCCUAAUAACAAACACCAUUUGGCA